AUGCUAUCGUCUGUGUUUUUUUCAAUAUUAACAUUACUACUUUCUUGCUUUGUAUCAACUACUGAAGCCAGAAGGAAGCUUUCGGCUACUUCUUUAGUCACAUGUAUGGAUAAUUCACAAAUUUCUCCUAGUUAUUUCAAUGUUACAUUCAAUCCCGAUGAUAGAUCUUUAAGGUAUGCCCUUGAUUUAACUACUUCAAUUAGUGCAUAUAUUACUGCUCACGUUCAAGUUUAUGCUUAUGGGUUUUUAAUUAUUGAAAAAGAUAUAAAUGUUUGUUCCUUGGGUUGGAAACAAUUUUGUCCAAUUUUCCCUGGUGCUUUACAAAUUGAUUCUGUUCAAUAUAUUAGUUCGGAAUACACUAAACAAAUCCCUGGUAUUGCUUAUCAAGUGCCCGAUAUUGAUGCUGUGGUAAAACUUGUUGUUAAAGAAAGAGAUUCAGGUGAUACAUUAUCUUGUUUACAAGCCAAUUUUUCCAAUGGUAAAACUAUUAGUCAAACCGGAGUUAAAUGGGCCACCGCAUGUAUUGCUGGUUUAGGAUUGAUUGUGGCUGCUAUGUUGUCUACUUUUGGAAAUUCUAAUGCUGCUUCCCACAUUUCGGCUAAUUCAUUAUCACUUUUCCUUUAUUUCCAAAGUGUUGUUGUUGUUUCAAUGCAAGCAGUUGAAAGAGUCCCACCAAUUGCCAGUGCUUGGUCAGAAAAUUUAGCUUGGUCAAUGGGAUUAAUUCGUAUUCAAUUUAUGCAAAAUAUUUUCCGUUGGUAUAUUCAACUGACUGGAGGUUCACCAACAACAUAUUUUAUUUCGUCAACCAAACAAGUUUUAGUACAAAAACACAAGAGAUCUUUAGAUUAUGUUGCUGGUGUGGCUAAAAGAUCUUUAGAAUAUGCUUUACGUUCACAUAGUAAUUUAUAUGUGUUGCGUGGUAUUAAAAGAAUUGGGUAUAAUUCCAAAAUUGAACCAACAUCUAUUGUUGCCACUGGAUACACUUGGUUUGUGUUAAUUGGAUAUUUAUUAGUGGUAUUAUUGGUAUUGGUGAAAUCAGUGAUUAUAUUAUUAACUCGUGCCAAAAAAAUUAAUCCAAGAACUUUUAAUUCCUUCCGUGGAAGUUUCCCCAAUUUAAUUAAAGGAUCUCUUUUAAGAUAUAUUGCCAUUGGAUCGACUCAAUUGAUAAUAUUUUCCUUAUGGGAAUUCACUCAAAAUGAUUCACCGGCUAUGGUUGUUUUAGCAGUGUUAUUUGUAUUAUUAUUAUUGGGGGUGUUGGGAUGGUCAUAUUUCAAUGUUAUGAAAAUUGGAAGACAAUCCAUUAGAACUUAUAAUAAUCCCGCAGCAUUAUUAUAUGGUGAUAAUAAAGUAUUACAAAAAUGGGGGUUCUGUUAUACAAUGUUUCACGCCAACAAAUAUUGGUUUGGUGUUGUACUCAUGGGAUAUAAUGUUUUCAAAGCAUUAUUUAUUGCUUUUUGUCAAGAUGCCGGUAAAGUUUCUGUUUUACCGAUUUUUGUUGCUGAUUUAGCUUAUACAAUUUAUUUGAUUUGGACGGGACCUUAUUUGAAUAAACCAACAAAUGUUAUCAAUUAUAUGAUGUCAAUUGUCACCACCAUUAAUUCAUUUUUAUUUUUAUUUUUCUCUGAUUUAUUUGGUCAACCAGCUCCUGUGGCAUCUAUUAUGGGAUGGGUAUUUUUCAUUUUAAAUGCUGCCUUUUCAUUGAUUUUAUUGAUUUUGGUCAUUGUAUUUGUAUUAUUAUCAGUAAUGUCGAAGAAUCCUGAUGCUAGAUUUGCUCCUGCUAAAGAUGAUAGAUUUUCAUUCCAAAGAAAAUCUUCAAUCAAACACAAGAGUUUAACUGAAAAAACUGGAUUUAGUAAUACAAAUGGAGGUCACGGUGGCGUUGGUGGUGGUGAUGAAGAAUUGACAGCAUUAGGAGUAGCAGCACAAGAUCAUUCAGCUGAUUGGGAAUCACAAAUGUACAAACUUAAUGAUUUAUCAUUAGAUGAAGAAGAUGAUUCAAGAACAAAUCAAGAUUUUGUCAGACCAGAUAAAACUCGUGAACUAACAUCAGAUUAUGAUGAUGACACUAGUUUCACUAAUGAAGAUAAUACUCGUGUUGUCAAUAAUGAAGAAGAUAAGAAUAAAAAAUUGGCUGAAAAAUGGAAAUCAAAAAUAUCUAGAAAAUUGUCGAAAAAGAAAUCACUAAAAGAUAAAAACAAUAAUACUCCCACCACUACUAAUAAUAACAUAACUACAGUAAGAAGAUUGAGUGAUACAUUGCUUAAUGAUGAAAGAGAUUCAAAUGAGAAACGUGAAGAAAAUGAUGAAUUGUCACCAAUAACACAUCCUUAUAAUCAAUCAACAUCAUUUAAUAAUCAUAAACGUGAACAUUCUACAACUUCAACUAUAUCAAAUAACAACCCAACCCACACCAAAGGAUUUAUAUAA